AUGUGGCCAUUAGCACAUCCGUUGCGAUGUGCAUCGCUCGUUAUUUUUGUGCUCGUAUCCGUUGAAAGUGCCGUGCUCCAGCCAGGAAUUUCCAACACAUCCGUGCAUGGCAUAUUGCAUUCUACGUAUUCGGAGGCGUCGAUAAGCAACUUCACAGAGACUCAAACGCACACGGACGAGACUGACUCAGUAACUACAAAUGCGCCUGCCGGGUUGCAUUCAACGGAGGAACAGGAGUUCUCACCGAGUACCGAGCCUGAUUUUACACUGGGACCUAUCACCGUUGAUAUUUCAAUGCUGAAUCUCGAGGACCUCUUCACAGACGAGGGAAAGACAGAGGAGACACCAGUGCGGGAAUCUUGGAUUCAGCGGAUUGCCCACCAUGACGUUAAAUCUCCGCGGAGACCUGGAGGUCGAUCUCUUAGCCAUGAUCAAGCGGAAUCAGACCUGUUGGGGGAUUUUGAGAACCUCAGCUGGGCUUCUCAAGUGAUCACAAAGGCCAUGUGGAGAUAUUACCCCUGGUCGCGAAGUAACAGCGCGUGCACACAUCAGGGUGAAAUUUACCGGCAACAUUUCAGCAACUUGACUCAGUGGGCUGUCAAAAUGUUUGAUGCGUCGGACAUAGCGCCGGACGGAAUUCUGGAGACUGAUAAUUUGAAUUCAGGACAUUUCGACGAGUGUUUGGCCAUCGACGUGGAGUCCCUGGACAUGAAAGGGCAAUACUGCUUGGUUAAAGUUGAAUACAGCCCUUACGAAGAAAUAAGUCUGGAUUUCUGGACACCUGACCGAGAGACAAACUACGAUCAACCUGAUCCCAUGAAGACCGUUUGGCUGGAUGCGAAGCCGCACACGGAUCCAGCGCGGAACAACAGAAGCGAGUUCGAAUUUGCUGUUUGUCUUCCUAAGUCAUGUUCGGCCGAGGAUCUACAGGUGUCGCUCCAAGAGACAAUCAACCAAGUGGCCGCUUUCCAUAAGCUCAACUUUCAGCUUACUGUUCGAUCUCAAGAUUGCUCCGUAAAGGAUCCCGAAAACCCUGACCAACUCGGUUUUGCCGUUACUGUGUCAAUUUGUAUGGGCGCCGUUACGCUUGUGAUCAUCAGCACUUUGUUGGAUAUUUUAAUCUUCCAGAAAAGCAAGUCCAAGAGUAUUUUCCGGACUUUUCUAAAGUCGUUCUCGGUGGUGAAAAAUUUGAACAGGCUCCAAAAGCCCUGCGAGGACGAGGAAUUUGCCCCUGUCAACUACCUUAAAUUUCAAAUACUGGUCUUCAUUAUUUUCGGACACCGUAUUAUGUUUCUCUUUGGAAAUAGACUUUACAACCCAUCUUGGAUUGAAAGGCUUGCGAGACUUCCUCUGACAGCGUACGUUAAUGGAAGUAGUUCGGUCGUUGUUGAUACCUUCUUUGUGAUUGGCGGUUUUCUAGCCUACCUAUUCAUCCAUAGAACCCUGUCGAAGAAGAAAAGAGUCAAUCUGCUUAUGAUCUACGUUUAUCGAUGGUUGAGAAUCGUGCCUUUGUAUGCGCUGAUAAUUGCGUUGUACACUUUUGUCAUGCCAAAUCUCGGAGAUGGUCCUCUAUGGAACAGAUUUGUGGAGAGGGAAGUCAAUUACUGCAGGAAAAACUGGUGGCUCAAUCUCCUCUUCAUCAACAAUUACGUCCAUGCCGAUCAACUGUGUAUGAUUCAUUCGUGGUAUUUAGCCGUGGACAUGCAGCUGUUUAUUUUAAUGUCCAUUGUGGCCGUUUUUAUCUUCAAUCAUCCGAGGAAAGCUAAGUUUGUGUUGGGGACACUCGUUUCUCUAUCAGUCGUUAUCCCUGCUAUCUGCGUGUAUUGCGGAAAGUACUUCGCCGUAAUCUUUGCGUUCCAACAAUUUUUAAAGGAUAUUACUGCGGAUCCAAAUUUCCAUCAUAUGUACAUUAAAACGCACACCAGAGCGAUUCCGUACAUAUUGGGAUUAACAACUGCUCAUGUCUAUUUGAAGCUGAAAGAGAAACAUGUGAAAUUUACGACGUUUCAGUUGUGGGUAGGCGUUGGGCUUUGCUUUCUACUUGGAAACUCGGCUGUACUGUACAGUGCCCUGCUUUACUUGCCUGGAUGGCCCUACAACAUUGUUGAGCACAUGGUCUACAACCCUCUGCACAGAGUCAUGUUCGCUUUAGUCCCGUGCUUCAUUCUCAUCGGUCAAGGGACUACCGGCUUUGGAAUAGCGAGCAGAUUUACAUCAGCACCUCUAUUUGUAUCUCUGGGCCGUCUCACAUACAGCGCGUAUUUAGUUCACCCGAUAGUUCAGUUGAUCGUGAUCUAUUCUGAUCGAACGUCUUUUUCACUUUCUUUCAUACGAAUUGCAUGGUCAACUUGUGGAGACGUAUUUAUGUCAUUUGUACUGGCAGUAGUCUUGAAUCUUCUUUUUGAAUCACCAGUGGAUCGGUUACAAAAGAAAAUCUUCCAUUCUUUCAUUCGCGAGUACAAAGAACCCGUUAAAACAUUGAAGCAAAAUGGUGAGAACCAAAUAUCUAAAAAACAAGAGGUCAUCCCAGCUCAGGAGAGAUUACCAUCGUGAAUCCUGGAAGUCUCUUUUUUGGCCUCAGAAAGAAAGUGAUAUUUUAUUGCAUAUUACUUUCAAGGUAGAAAAUUCACUACUCUUGAUUAUCAUCAAAUGCUAGGAUAAAAACUUACUGGACCUAAAAUUUUCUCAAAUGAGUAAAGCAAGUGUAUGCAAAGCAGGGAUUCAAACAAGUAUAACUGUUUCAUGAUCAAAUUAUUUGGCUGAUAAAAGAAAAUAUUUGAAAAAAGAGAUUAUAUUGGUAAAUUUGAAAUUUAAAUGGUUCGCAGUUUUACUAAAAGAAUACUUACAGAAAAAAAACUAAGGAUAAAAAUGCAAAUGAAAACAGUUAGGUAAGUUUAUGGGGUCAAAAUUUUUAUUCAACAGGAUUUAUCUCAAAACACUGCCAGAUAAUAUUGAAGAAUAACAUUAUUCUGCAGUCAAUAAAUUACGUACCUUUAAAGUUGUUUGAGGAAGUGUCAUCUUAUUUCUUAGUAGGCUUUGUAAUUAUUGUACAAAAUAAUGUAAAUAACUUGUUAGUUGUUUGUAAAAAAAAA